AACAAUUUGCUGAUGCGAUUCGAGAAAUGCACGUUCGUGGUGCGCCUUUGAUUGGUGGAACGGCUGCUUAUGGGAUGUAUAUUGCAAUCAAAGAAGCAGCAAAAAGUUCAGAUUUUAAAAAACAUUUGAAUGCUUCAAUCGAAUUGUUGAGUAAUACUCGUCCAACUGCGGUUAAUCUUGCUUAUGCUAUUGACAAACAACACGGAGUGCCGCAUACGGUGAUUGUCGAUAAUCUCGGGGGACAUUUGAUGCAGCACGGAAUGGUAGAUUUGGUGAUUGUAGGAAGUGAUCGAACAACAAGAACGGGUGAUGUAGCUAAUAAAAUUGGUACUUACUUAAAGGCUUUAGCUGCUUUUGAUAAUGAAAUUCCGUUUUAUGUGGCUUUACCGAGUUCGACUUUUGAUUGGAAUAUUCGUGAUGGUUUGAAGGAAAUUCCAAUUGAAAAACGUGGUGCUGAUGAAGUGAAAUAUAUUCAGGGCUUGGAUAAUUCCACAAUUAAAAAAGUGCUUUUAACACCUGCUGAAAGUCCUGCUAUUAAUUAUGGUUUUGAUGUAACGCCUGCAAAAUAUGUUUCAGGAUUGAUUACAGAACGUGGCAGUUGCACAAAGAACACGCAGAGUUUCACGGAGAAAAUAGUUUAA